AUGAAUGAUUCUGAUCGAAACCGUCCCUUGCAGAAGAAAACAGAGAUUAUCCUAUUGUUGAACAUUGAUGUGAUCACAACAGUCGCCGCUUUGCUCGGCUGCUAUUUGGUGCUCAGAUCAUUUCACAAAUUCCACAAUCUGCGAACAGCGUCCAACAUCAUUCUGGUGAGUUUGUCUACCGCUGACGGUUUACUGGCGAUUCCGAGCGUUCUCGACAUCAUUCGUUUAAGCUUAAAGUAUGAUGCUAAUCAUUGCUUCCAUAUUCCUGUUCUUAAAACAGUAAUUGGAACUUUCACGUUCUUUCUCGUUUCGGUCAUCAUUCUUCAUCUUGCUUUAAUGAGUGUUGAUCGUUUCAUCGCCAUCAAGUUCGCCUUAAGAUACCACACAAUAGUGACCAAUCGCCGAGCAAAGAUCGUCUCCAUUGCCCUUUGGCUGUGGGCUCUGGUCGUCACGAUAACUUCCAGAGAGUUUCACAAAUUGAUGAGUCCAUACCAGGAAUACAGUAAAAAUUGCGAAGAGCGCCUCAAACGCCUGAACACGGGGAAUCCGCCGAGCGAAGAGCGCCCCAACCGCCCGAGCAAAGAGCAUGUUGUAUUCCCAGCUGUGUCAGUGUUUCUUGUUCCCCUGUUGAUCAUUAUGUUCUCGUACGUCUACAUAUUCGUCGUGUCCUACCAGCACAGAAAACGUGUCAGAGAACAGAGCGACCUUACAGGAAUGCCCACCAUCAAGCAUCAAAUGAAAGGCGCCCGCACUCUCGCCAUUGUUGUAGCGCUAUGUCUACUCAGUAUCAUCCCUAUCCUGGUUGUCACAUCCCUCCGUGUUUUCCAUAAAAGAUCACUCGGAGGCCGCCGCCAUCAUAAGCUACUGCAGCAUAUUGUUUACAAUGUGGCCAUGUUUUUUAAUGCCAUAUGCAACCCUCUUAUCUACGGAUGGAAAAACGAGGAAUUCAGAAACGCUUUUCACAAGCUUCUGCGGUGCAACUAA